UUUCAAACAAGCUCCAUACUUACACAUCAGGAGGCAUCUGUCACGCAGGGCUCGGAACAGAGUAUAGAAGAGCGAAGGCGGGAGGAGAGAACAACUCAACCGUGGUUGGAGCAACCGGGUCUGGAACCGAGUACAAGACCAAGAGGUGCCGGUCGAAUGUGCGAAUGGCUUCCGAUUGCAUUGAGAUGGUGGUUCAUGGCGUCUCUAUUCCUCGUAUCCCUUGGCCUUGGGCUUGCAGCAAUAUUCUUGACUCUCUAUUCACACAACCAUCAGGGGCUCGGAAUAGAUCAUAACACGUCAACAUUUCUAUUCACCUGGAAAUUCAUACCUACUCUAGCUGCGGUCGUAUACAGCUUGCUCGUUAUGACUACGAUCAACGACAUAAAACGAACCGAACCAUACGCCAGACUCUCGAGGCCCGGUGGGGCACCUGCAGCAUCCACUCUCUUCCUCAAGUCAGGGUCGAUGUGGUCUGACAUUUUCACUACUCUCAGGAAAAGCAAGAAUGGCGGUGCCCGGAAUUGGGCAUUAUUCUGGGCAUCAUUUGUCAACAUAUUAACCAUCUUGAUUGUUGUGCCAUUUUCAGCUGCGUUCAUCUUCCCUGCAAAUAUUCUCGUCAAGAACACUACCACUUUCUCGCAACUCGCGGCAUCUGUUGAUAGCCCCAUGGAGCUUUCUACUGAUGAAUCAAUCUUCAUUCGAACGAUCUCUAGUGUGCUACUGAACACUACCACGAGUGCUUGGGUGAGCAAUGACUAUGCUGUCCUGCCUUUUUGGCCGUCUAAUGAGAACGCCGUACCUCUUGGGGGAGUUGUGUCGAGCUCUUCAUUACAGUGGACCGCCAACACAACGGUGUAUCAAACUGAUUUGAAGUGCAGUCCUAUGGGCCUCCGAUCCUUUGCGAACUUUACUCUAAAUCAAAGUCUUGCACACCUACCAGGCAUUACCAUGUUUUCCGAUGUGAACCUAACAUCCUUCAUACUCGAAUCAGCGGAUGGAUGCUCUCUUGGCCUUGCUGGGUUCCCACCCGAUUUCAGCUCUAAUACAAUUUUCAAGACGGGGGGUGGGUGGUGGUCUGGUGCACCCAACUUCAGCUACCCAUUGCUUUGGGCACCUGGCAACGGUACAGCAAUGGAUCUUAAUUUUGAUCACCCCAUCAUGUUGAACGCUAGCACUCAAUGCGGUAGACGAAGCAUGUACUUUUUCGCUACGCCCUACAUAGAGAGUCAGACCUUCCAGGCUCAAGGGCAAAUAUGUACCUCUAGCUACUUCUCCGCCAGCCUUCCAGUUACAGUCUCGAAUAUCGGCGCUUCGUCUACUGUCACAUUUGACACGCAGGAGUUUGAAAACAUAAGGGUUCCUAUUUCUCCAACCACCAUGGACAUCCAUACUUUCGAAAAUGCCUUUUUGAGCCAGAACUGGUCUUCCAAAUUACGAUCUCCCGAUUCAAGUUCAAACCCUGAUUUGCCCCCGAGGCCCAGACUUGGUGGACCACUCAACCUUCUGGGUGCCCAGAAUAACUUUGAUCUCCAAUCAAUGCUUGCGAAUGCAGACUUGACUGAUCAAGCACGUCAAAUCAAACAGAGAUUCCUUGGCGAAAGCAUGAUGUCAACCUUCCGUCAGAUUGGCACCCAGCAAGCGAAGCCUAUAAUUGGAACCACAUUUGUCAGUGAGAGGAGAAUCGUGGUCAGUUCUGUGGUUGGAAUAAUCCUGACAGCUGCAUUGCUCUUGUCGGCUUUGAUGAUCCUGUUAGUGGCAUUUUACACUCGUCACCACAAGAGACCACUCAACCUGCUCCAGGAUCCCGCAUCCCCAAUGGCAAUGGCCUCAUUGAUAAGUUCAAAUCCUAAUAUAAAAGCUCUUUUCGAAGGCGCGGAUUGGUAUUGCGAAUACGCUAUGCAACAAAAACUUGCCGAUCAUGUCUUCUAUCUCAGGAACGGUGAGCUGUAUGCGUCCGACAUGAAAGAUACUUAUCAACAAUCCUGUAAGUCUCAAGAACUACAGAGAGAAGUCAUAUCAUCAGCGACAUACGAUUGGUGUCCCAAUUUCCUUCGCCGGAGGAUUCUCGGCCUCCAGCUGAGCGCACUGCUUAUUAUAACUGCUACCUUGGCAGUAUUCUUUGCUUUUUUCCGCGGACCAGGGAUCUCCCAAUCGUUACUAGUUCCAAAACUGAACGUAAAUGAUAGAUCAGUCACAGCUCUUGCCCCAUAUUCCAUCAUUCCUACCUUGAUUGCUCUCGGUUUUAACUUAUACUGGGCCUCUAUGGAUGCUACUUUCAGGAGACUUCAGUUAUACGUGUCUAUGACUCGGAAGGCCAUACCAAGUUCAAGAGUAGCAUCUUCAACCUAUUUAAAUAUUCCGCUUCUGUGGACCGUAGCAAAGGCAGCCGCGAAUCGUGAUUUACUUUUGUCUGUAGUCGCUGCUGGUGCGGUUCUCACCCAAAUCGUCACGGUUGCCAUGUGUGGUCUAUGGGAACAAAACUCAGGCUUCCGAACGUAUAAUGCCAACGUAUCGAGGAUUAUGGAGUUUAGGACCGUACCAGCAAUCUUCGCUGUGCCCGCUGUAUCGCCUCACUUGGCAUCUAUGGACGUUGAAACAGUCAACUCUGAAGGAGUGCUAGCCAAUGUCUUUGACAAUCGGCUCGCUUCUUGGCUAUAUUCUUCGGUAGACCAAGGCGUAUAUAACUCAACCCCUCCUACCUGGACAAGCCAAGAGUGGAGCUUCACUCCUCUCAACCUGACAUCCAUUUAUGCUCCUUCUGAAAAUGGGAUCAAGAAUAACGCCACAGUCGAAACCCCUUCUUUGCGGGGCAGGCUUGAAUGCACACCAAUUGAUAUGUCCAACACUUCGGCUUGGCUCACAACCUUAGACUUCAGAAACAAAACGGCUUGGAACGAUCCAAAAAUACCAGCAAAUCUCACAGUUGGCUAUGAAUUAAAGCUUGGCCUAUCGAUGAACGAAUCAGUGGAAGGCUAUUCUAGGUAUUGGGGUGACAAUAACCCAUACUUCAGCUUUUUUUCAGAGGAUUACCACUUACAGUGCUGCGGCAAUGAGAUGAAUAGUACCCAAGAGGCUGCAAUUGGAUAUUGGUCUCGCGCGGCCGAUGCUCCACACACAAGUAUUGUUGUGAAAUGGAUAACAGGCAAUCCCUUUCCCCACCAAUUCAAGGACUCAACACUGCAAAACCAAAGGAUCCUAGACGAGGGGUCUGGUUCACAUCUUCACUGGGUGUGGAAAGAUAUACCGAAAGUCACUGCCUUGAACUGCACCCCUGUUUUCGAAACUGCAAAUGCAAAAGUAACUGUCGAUCUCGCGACUGGAACCGUCCAGAACUACACCAUUUUAGAUACUCCGGUGGAGGACAAAAUGGCAUGGGCAAGCCAGUACCAGAGUCUCAACGUUUCAACUGGUGUCCCAUAUUCGAGUAGUCCUAUUGCCUCGGGCUUCCAAGUCAAACCCGGAGUCUUUCUCAACAACGUAACUGUGAGCUACGGUUAUCUUAUACAUGAUAUUCUUCUUGGCGCUGCCAAUGCAGCUCGCACUGGAAUCCGUCCACAAGGUUCCUCUGUGCUUGCUGAAAAUCUCGCUGACCAAACGUACAACUUCCGCCUUCCGGGCCUCAACACAGACUUCAUGUCCUAUACCUCCCUAGCCCUUGCUGGCAACAACAGGUCCGCACUUCUCGACCACAACACGCUAGGAAACAUAUCCAGCACCGUAUUUUCUUUGUUUUUCAAGAAUUUUGUCCAGUCAAAUGUAAGGCCAAAUGACGCGCUGUUCAUGAAUGGUACAUGGGGAUUACAACCGCGAGGGGAAGUGAUCCCAUCUGAUCUUGGACCUACGCUCGCUUCGAAUUCCACUGCAUUCUUGCAAAAUUCUUUCCAGUUUUCGAAAACAAACCCGAUAUCUCAAGCUAUCAUUUCGACAGAAAUAUUGAAAUUAGAGAUGAAUCCUGCGGUAGUGAUUAUCUGCCUCUGCAUCUCGUCUCUCCUAGCAGUGUUCACCAUCGUGAUCAUGGUAUUUCAUAGACGGUAUAUGAGCGCUUUGCCAAGGAACGUCGAGACCCUCGGCAGCGUUCUGGGGUUUUUGUAUGGCAGCGAGAGACUAUUGAAAGUGGCGGAUGACAGUGUAGGCUCGUGGGAUAAGAGGGCACACGGGGAGAUGGUACAGAUAGGUUGGUUUGAUGCAGGUGGGAAGAGAAGAUGGGGUAUUGAGAUUGUGAGACCUGGCGAUCAAUUCUUUAAGGAGUAUCUUGGUGAGGAUAAAGGCUCCCGGGAGGUCAGAUUGGCCGAUGACCAUGAGAGAUAUGAUAAUCUAUGGGACGUUGGCUAGGCCGGAUGUAUAGAGUUGUAAUAUUGAUCGGUUUCUUUGUAAAUGCUGUGGGC